AGGGGCUUCAAACCAGUUGUGCCUGGGUCCGAGGAAGUGGGCGGGGCCAGAGCUGGGAUAUGGACACAUGCAGGGGAAGAAGCUCCCGACGCGAGUGAGUUUGCCCAGGCCCCAGCCUUGUCCAGGAUACCCUGGUGCUGCCAUUGUGUGUGACACCAUGGGUCUGUUCCUCCUGGCCCUGCUGCUCCCCCUGGCCCACGUCUCUGCACUGCCCUUCUACAAUGGCUUCUACUACUCCAACAGUCCCCAUGACCAGAACCCAGGCAACGGCUAUGGUGAAGGCCUGUUCAACAGAGUGAAGCUGGUGGUGGAGACGCCUGAGGAGACCCUGUUCUCCUACCAAGGGGCCAACGUGACCCUGCCAUGCCGGUACCACUACAAGCCGGCCCUGGUCUCCCCAAGGCCCAUGUGUAUCAAAUGGUGGAAGCUGUCGGAGAACGGGGCCCUGGAUCAGGACGUGCUGGUGGCCAUCGGACUCAGGCACCGCUCCUUUGGAGAUUAUCGAGGCCGUGUGUCCCUGUGGCAGGACGAGGAUAAUGAAGUGUCACUAGAGAUCCAGGACCUGCGGCUGGAGGACUCUGGGCGCUACCGCUGCGAGGUCAUCGACGGGCUGGAAGACGAGAGCAGCCUGGUGGAACUGGAGCUGUGGGGCGUAGUCUUUCCCUACCAGCCUCGCCAGGGGCGCUACCAGCUGAACUUCUACGAGGCCCAGCAGGCCUGUGAGGGGCAGGCAGCGGUGGUGGCCUCCUUUGAGCAGCUCUUCCGGGCCUGGGAGCAGGGCCUGGACUGGUGCAACGCGGGCUGGCUGCAGGACGCCUCUGUGCGGUACCCUGUCACGCUGGCCCGGCAACCCUGUGGGGGCCUGGGGCUGGCGCCCGGCGUGCGCAGCUACGGCCCACGCCAUCGCCGUCUGUACCGCUAUGAUGUGUUCUGCUUCGCUGCUGCCCUCAAAGGGCAGGUGUACUACCUGCAGCACCCUGAGAAGCUGACACUGGAAGAGGCAAAGGAGGCGUGCCAGGAAGAUGGUGCCCAGAUUGCCAAAGUGGGCCAGCUCUUUGCCGCCUGGAAGUUCCGUGGCCUGGACCACUGCGAUGCUGGCUGGCUGGCAGAUGGUAGUGUCCGCUACCCUGUGGUUCACCCACGUCCCAAGUGCGGGCCCCCGGAGCCCGGUGUCCGGAGCUUUGGAUUCCCAGACCCUCAGAGCCGCAAGUAUGGCGUCUACUGCUACCGUCCGCGUUAGAGCCUGGGCCCCAGCUCCCUACCCGCCCAGGCCCUCCCCUCAAGGGCUAUAUUUAUUUGAGUUCAUUUUUCUUUGUGGGUUGGGGCAAUCGUCAUAUUGUUUCUAUAAUUCUCAGAUUACAUUUUUAAAAAAGUAAACAAUUUUUGUAAAUCCAACGGAGACCACAUCCUCCCUUUGCUCGGGUGGACACCCCAAGGCUCCCCCAACCAGCAGUCCUCCUGCCCUGCCUCCUCUGAACAGAUGUUCCUGGGCGCACGAGGGCUCCCUGUUGGCACUGAGUCCAGCCCCUCCCCCUGCUCCGGGGGAGGCUGAUGCCCAGAGAGGGUACAGACAGAGGGGCGAGGGCAUGAUGGCUGCAGCUCUGCCUCUGCCUCAGCCUUGGGAGUGGGGGGAAGCGGACACCCAGGAGGCUCUGAGCUGGACGUGGGACCUCGCCGUCUCUCGUCCCCUCCGACUUCUCUACUGAGAUGCUAGGGCUGGAGGUGGGUCCCCGGGCUUCUGUGUGAGAUCCUAGGGAAGGAAUUCCCCUCCCAUUCUUUCUCUCUUGGUUCAGAGUCUCUAUUUUGUUCUCAUUUAUCUCAUUUAUCCUCAU